AUGCAAAACGAGAUUUACUUGGAGCAUUCGAUUCAUAUAAUGGCCGUAACUGGUCUACUGCUAACCAGUGUCCUCGUGCUCUUGCUUACUUAUUUCAUUCGGUUGUUGUGGCGAUGGACCAAAAUGCCCCCGGGACCUUGGGGUGUUCCACUUAUCGGUUAUAUUCCGUGGAUGGACCCGAUUGCCCCUUGGGAAAACUACACAAGUUUGAGUCGUAAAUACGGUCCUGUGAUGUCUGUGAACCUCUGUGGAACCCUGCAAAUAAUUCUUAAUGACUGCGACGCUGUGUCUGAAGGAUUAUCAAUGAUGGCGUUCAUUGAUCGACCUCAUUUCCUCUUGCUGGAUGUAAUUUCUGCCACAGGAAAAGGACUGGUUGGAAACAGCAAGAUUUGGCACGAGAAUCGCACGUUUGUUAUGAAAAGUUUGAAAUCCUUUGGUGUUGGGCGGGCAAGUCUGGAAACAUUGGUUGCCAACGAGGUUGUUUCGUUGAUUGAUUCCUACAAAGCCAACAAUCUUGGGAAGCCGAUGGCUAUUGACGGACGAUUAGACGUUGCCGUGCUCAAUAUUGUAUGGAAACUUGCCACAAACAAGCAGACGAGUCUGACUGACGAAAAGGCGAUUCGAAUGAUCCAAAAUCGUCGGAAAUUUGGUGAAUACGUCAACCAACUCGGUCCUGCGCAGUUUUUUCCAUCACUAAUCACUUUUGUACCGAAAUUUCGUCGCCUGAUGAAAGCUGCAAAGGAACUUUCGCCAGAGCUUACAGAUGAAUUCAAGAGGGAAAUCGAGGAGCACAAAGCUUUGCAUAAGGGAAAUGUCCCGCACAUGCCGCAAGAUGUAACUGAUGAUUAUAUUUCUGAGCGGAUUAGGCGAGGAGCUAUAAACCCUCAGGAUGCUGAACCCUUUUCAGAUGAACACCUGUCAGCAGUUAUUACUGGCCUGUUUGCUGCUGGGACUGAGACGGUUGCUACAACACUGCGUUAUUCGUUCAUUUUGCUGGCCCAAUAUCGUGAUGUGCAAAACAAAUGCCAAGAGGAAUUGGAUGAAAUUGUUGGGAAAGAUCGGCUACCGUCCUGGGAACACGAUAAACCGAGGCUACCCUAUUUGGAGGCGACGGUGAAAGAAAUUCAGAGAUUCGCCGACGUUAUUCCUUUGGGAGUUCCUCAUUUCGCAUCAGCAGACACGGAAUUCCGAGGAUAUUUAAUCCCGAAGGGGGCUUGGAUUGUUUCGAACCUGAAUGCUGUUCAUCGCGACCCAAAACACUGGACGGAUCCAGAAGCAUUCGAUCCCACGCGAUUUUUGGAAUCAGGGAAAUUAGUGAAGAAACAAAACCCUAGUUUCCUGCCUUUCGGAGCCGGAAAGCGACGAUGCCUCGGAGAGCAGCUAGCAUACAUGGAAGUAUUCAUCUUCAUCUCAUAUCUUCUUGCGAAUUUCAAUAUCGAAUUCCCCAAAGGAUUUGUCCCAAAUAUGAAGGGGAAUCAUGGGGACCCAAUUGCACGUCGACCCGCUCCCUUUGAAAUAAUUCUAACCGAACGCUGACGUCGUAUGUGUAUCACAACUGUUUUUUCUCCAUACAUUCAUUUGCCUCGUAUUUUGUGUAAAGCACUGUCGAUUAAAACCAGUAUUUUUUUCUUGAGCGCAAUAAAGCGGCAUUCUUAUCA